AUGAAGUUCACCAACAUUGCCCUCACCGGUGCUGCUAUCGGUCUUGCCAACGCCAGUCCGGUCUUGAAGCGUGCUAUCAGCGAUGCCGACGUCCUAAACUAUGCUCUCACCCUUGAGCAUCUCGAGGCGUCUUUCUAUGCGGAGGGCCUCAAGAACUAUACCCAGGAGGACUUUGUCAAGGCCGGCAUGAAGGAUCCUUUCUAUACCAACCUGAAAGAGGUUGCUUCCGAUGAGAAGCAACACGUGGAGUUUUUGACCUCUGCGCUCAAGGCUGCCGGCGCCUCUCCCGUCGCCGCUUGCACCUACAACUUCCCAUCCACCGACGUCAACAGCUUCUUGGCCCUUGCCAGCGUUCUUGAGGGUGUCGGAGUCAGCGCCUACCUUGGAGCCGCAGCUUCCAUCAUGAACGAUACCUACUUGACAGCUGCCGGUAGCAUUCUGACCACAGAAGCCCGACACAGUGCGUAUCUGCGUGCCGCGGUCGGCGAAGUCCCCUUCGCCCAGGCCUUCGACAACCCCCUCGGCUUCAACGAAGUGUACACCGUUGCCUCUCCUUUUAUUGCCUCAUGCCCAUCCAGCAACGGUCCACUGCCCAUCAAGGCCUUUCCCUCGCUCGUGAUGAGCUCGAUGGACGCCGUUAUGACAGGCUCGAAAGUGCACCUCAUGACCGGAAGCGGUUUCGAUACUAGCACCAGCGAUGUCAAUGCCGCCUUCAUCACUGUCACUGGCCCGGUCUGGGCUCCUCUCGAGUCCAUGGGUGAUGGAAAGUUCACCGUCACUGUUCCCAAGGGCGUUGCCGGACAGAGCUACGUUGUCCUCACUAAGGGUAACAAGCAGGCGACUGAUGACAAUAUUGUCGCUGGUCCUGCCAUCGUCGAGAUUGGAAAGAAGACUGCCAUGGGUACCCCCAGUGGCUUGGCUGCUAUGGGUAUGGGUGGCAAGAAGAACAUGACGAUGCCUACUCCUUCUGAGUCAAUGGCCGGCCCUUGGAGUAGCUCUUCUGCUACUGCUUCUGCUUCUCCUGCUUACAAUGGGGCCGCUCAAAAAAUGUCCGGUGGAAUUUUUGGGGUUGUUGUUGCUGCUGGUCUUGUUGCCGUUGCGGCUCUGGGUUGA